AAACAAGAUGUCAAUCCAAACAAUUCUCCAAGACCUCAAAACACUAAAAAAAAUCACCACCCAACCCCACCGUAUCCUCGCCGAAACCAUCAUCUCCGCCACCACAACCACCACCACCACCACCCUCCCCACCGUCCUCUCCACUCUCACUCCCCACACAGUCAAACUUAUCCUCACAGACCCACAUAUAAAAACCCCCAAAUGCUUAUCAUUAUUCACCAUCAUCACCCAAAACCCAUCACUAAUCCCCUUCAACAUCCACAUUGAACACUACGCAACACUUAUUUGCAGGUUAAUCCAGUCAAAAAGAUUCCAAGAAGCCAAGAAUCUUGUAAAUUCAUUAGCAAAUGACCAAAACCUCAGGUACUAUGUUCCUGUUCCUGUAGAUGUUCCUGUUGAUGUUCCUGUGGAUCAAUGUUUCAAUUCAAGAAUUGUUUCAAAGUUGUUUAAUUUAAUGUUUAAAGUUUACUCGGAUGUUCAAAAAUUCGAUGCGGGUUUAGAGACUUUAGAAUACAUGAGAAAUAAUGGGAUUGUGAUUAGUGAAAGUAUGUGUUUAGUUUACUUAAUUGGGCUUAUGAGAAGCGGGCGAUUCGGGUUGUGUUUAGCGGUUUUGGAUCGAAUGAUGGAUUCGGGUGUGAAUGUUUCGGUUUAUACUUUGACUGUUGUGGUGGAUGGGUUGUGUAAGAAUGGGGAGAUUAGAAGCGCUAGAGAAUUGGUCGAACGGGGUAUGCGUAAGGGUGUUGGACCGAAUGUGGUUACGUUUAAUACGUUGGUUGACGCGUGUUGUAAACGAUGGGAGUUUGAAGAGUUGGAGGUGGUGUUGGAGUUGAUGGCGAAAGGAGGGGUGGAGCGUAAUUCGGAUACGUAUAAGUUUUUGAUCGACGGGUUUUUGAACGGUGGGAAGGUUGCGGACGCGGAGAGGGUGAUCGCGGAGAUGUGCGAUAAGGGUUUGAAUGCGGAAAUUCAUUUGUGGAACGCGGUUGUUGUUAAGUAUUGUAAGUUGGGGAAGAUGGAGUGUGCGUUUAAAGUUUUCGAUAACAUGGUUGCGAGAAGCGUUGUACCGAAUGCGGAAACGUAUCGUGUUUUGGUUAGUGGGAUUUGCGGGAUUGGGGAGAUGGGGGCCGCGAAGGAGUUGGCGGAGAAGUUGCAACGGAAAGGUAUUGAUUUGGGUUGUGACGUUUUCGAUGAUUUGGUUAACGGGUGUUGUAAAAAGGGCGAGUUUGACGAUGCGGUUGGAUUGCUUAAAGCAAUGGAGAAGAAAGGAUUGUUUGGUGAUGUGCGUUUGUAUAACAUGGUUAUCGCGGGUUUAUGUGAAUCGAAUCGCACGGAAGAAGCGAUUAGACUUUUAAGCUUUGUGGUUAAAUGCGGCGCUAACCCUGAAUUUUUCGCUAAUCUAGUAAACGAUCUAAACUAAACAACUUGCUAGACGAAUCACGAAACAUCACACACAAAGUCACUUAACGUCUCGAGUUAACAAACGUGACAACCGAUAAAACCAAAGCUUAAGGAUGAUCGAUCGAUAAUGUAGUAGCGACCCUCAAAAGGGUCGGGCUCAGUGGCCCGCCUUUGCCGAAACAUGAAAUGCUAUGAGACCGUCUUUUGACUUUAAGGUUUCCAGAUGUCACGAGUCGCUUCUCUUUGAUGACACUCGGGUUGUCGUGCACCAGGUCUGGGUUUGGCUCGCGUUUAGCUCUUAAGAAACGGUCUAGAUUUCGACUGUACGUGUCGCCAUGGUGGUUAGUAUUCUUCGGGGAAGCAAGAUUACGCUUUUCGUCGAAUUCGUCAUCGGUGAAGUAACCCUUUUCUUGAAUAUCCUGCAUUGCAAGAUCAUCGUAUUCCUCAUCGGAUUUUGUCGACUCAUCAUCCACCGAACCUUCCAUCUGCAUUU